AGCAAUGCAUCAUGGUCUAUAAUUGGGAACAAACACAUUUGGAGUGAUUUCUUUCUUGCAAGCUUGAUGCACAUCACAAACUAGCCAGUAUGGUAAUUUCUAACAAAAUGUAAUAACAUCCGAAUGGAUACAGCAGAGUUUUAGACAGGGAUUAAUUUUCCUCGCACCUAACUGACGUUCAUGUGAGUCUGCGUGUGCAACUGCAACUAUCCUGAGGAAAGAUGGCUGCGUGUGCCAUUCGGCGCGGUCUGUUGUCAACUGUUAGUAAAUGUAGUAAGAAACGUGCGCACAGAAUAUUAAGUGUGAUUAAAUACAACAGUGGACUCGAACUAAAUAGACCUCGCUUGCAAUGUUCGUCUUGUGGUUUGUCCAACUUCCAGCAGACGAGGUUCAUGUCGUCACGAAACAGGCCUGAGGGGAAGGUUCUGGAACCUGUGGGAGUGUUUGAGGCCCCAAAGCACCAUGGCAAAUAUGAGACAGGCCAGCUUUUCCUCCACAGUGUAUUUGGCUACCGGGGGAUAGUGUUAUUUCCCUGGCAUGCACGUCUCUAUGACCGCGAUGUCACUCCUCCCUCUUCUGAGAGCAAGCAAGAUCCACCUGGUACUAACGGGUCUAAAGAGGUGAAGGGUAAAACACACACAUACUACCAGGUCUUGAUAGACACCCGGGACUGCCCUCACAUAUCUCAGCGGUCUCAGACAGAAGCAGUGACGUUCCUGGCCAAUCAUGAUGACAGCAGGGCCCUCUAUGCCAUUCCAGGUCUGGACUAUGUUAGUCAUGAAGACAUCCUGCCCUACAACUCCGCAGAGCAAGUGCCCAUUCAGCACGAACUGUUUGAGCGCUUCCUCAUGUACAAGCCCUCGAAAAGUAAUCCCCCUUUCACUGCAAGAGACACCCUGCAGGCGUGGCAGGAGAAGAACCACCCCUGGUUGGAGCUCUCAGACGUACACCGGGAGACCACAGAGAACAUCCGCGUCACUGUCAUUCCUUUCUACAUGGGCAUGAGGGAAGCUCAAAAUUCCCAUGUGUAUUGGUGGCGAUACUGUAUCCGUCUGGAGAACAUGGGCAAUGAAGUGGUCCAGCUAAGAGAGAGACACUGGAGGAUCUUUAGCCUCUCAGGAACCUUGGAAACGGUCAGGGGAAGGGGAGUAGUUGGCAGAGAGCCUGUGCUGUCAAAAGAGCAGCCAGCGUUUCAGUACAGCAGUCACGUUUCUUUGCAAGCACCAAGCGGACACAUGUGGGGGACGUUCCGCAUCGAGAGGACCGACGGCUCACACUUUGACGUGCGCAUUCCACCCUUCUCUCUGGAGAGCAACAAAGACGACAAGGCGCCCCCUGCUGGGUAUUCCUUCUGACCCAGCCCCGCACACAGCACCACACCUGCAGCCAACAGUAGUCAUGCAGACAUUUUCCUUUAACUGUCGCUCCACUGGGGAUUCAGUGAUCUCAGAUGUCGCAGUGUUUGCCCUUGAUCUUUAAAUAAUCUUAUUUGGUUCAAGAUUUUCAAUGGUGACAUAAUUUCAGCACUAUAGCCAUGGCUUAUUGUACCUUGAUGCUUUUAAAAGAACAAAAUGGAGGUUUGUGCUGUCGCUGAGGUUCCAGCUCACAUGACAUAUAGCUGAAGUCCUGAUGGUCAGGUAGAGCUAGAAUGAGGUUGAAAGAUGAAGCACACUGGUCAGAUAGGGCCUUUGGGCAACCAUAGGAAUUUGCUGAAUUCUAAGCCAGAAUUCUAGGUGGUUCCUCAGUUUUUAUUUAUAUCUGUGAGAAAAGCAGAAUGAUCUCAGCUGAUGCUUUAUAAGAUUAUUUGUUUCAGUGGAAUGCUGAUGUUCUGAGCUGUUACGUUAUGGGGGUCCUCCACCCACAGAAUGUAAAAUGCAAAACCAAUGGGUUGGUUUGGGAGUGAGGGACAGCUGCACAGUUAUGAAUGUGAGUUACCAUGUCCUCCAGUGUCGUUUCCUGCUACUUUCAUGCCACUUUGCGUGGAAUCUUUUUUUAUUUUAUUUUUUUUAUAAAUCAAAAUUUAAUUUGAAUAAAUGAAUGCCUGAAAUGGAUCCUCAAUGUACUGUAAAUAAGGUUGUAAAGGCAAAACAAAAUAAAACAUGCAUUUGAGAAUA